AUGUCAACUUCAGUUAGCCAUAUUACGGAGGAAUUGAAGAAAUUGGAUUUGUCUCAGCCUGAACCAGUCCAAGGAUCAUUACCUGAUUAUAACAUUGUAGAUGUUUUCAAGAAUUAUGUUGCAAAUGAGUUUAGCCGAAUAACCGACAUUGACAAGUCGAUUGUAUUUGCUGCCUUAGACACUCCCAAAGUCCUAGACCAAGGGGACCUUAUUAUAGCGCUUCCAAGAUUGAGAUUAAAAGGAAUCAAUGCCAAUGAGAAAUCUAAAGAAUGGUCUGAGAAAUUUGAAAAGGGGAAAUUUAUAUCUGAGGUUAAACCACAAGGAGUGUUUAUGCAGUUUUUUUUUAGCAAGUCACUAUUAUUUGAGUUGGUGAUUAGCAACGUUUUGAAAAGGAAAACAGAUUAUGGUUAUCUUCCGUUGGGAGUUGGUAAGAAAGCUAUUGUUGAAUUCUCGUCUCCAAAUAUAGCAAAACCAUUCCAUGCUGGUCACUUGAGAUCCACAAUUAUUGGUGGUUUUAUCUCCAACUUGUAUGAGAAAAUAGGCUGGGAAGUGAUUAGAAUUAACUAUUUAGGAGAUUGGGGAAAGCAAUUUGGUUUGUUAGCAGUAGGGUUUGAGAAAUAUGGAUCUGAGGAAGCCUUGGCCAAUGAUCCCAUUAACCACUUAUUUGAAGUUUACGUCAAGGUCAACAACGACGUUAGAAAUGAGACAGAUGAAGCAACUGGGGUAAAACAAAAACAAGAAGGUGAAGAAGAAGAAGAAGAAGCAGCAGCAGUAAUUGAUGCAUCUGAGCAAGAUGAAAAAAAGAUUCAAUCACCGACUAAUGAGAAAGCAAAACAGUUUUUCAGAAAAAUGGAAGAUGGAGAUGAACAAGCUUUAAAACUUUGGCAAAGAUUCAGAGAACUUUCAAUUAAAAAGUACAUUGAUACAUAUGCUCGUUUGAAUAUCAGGUAUGAUGUAUAUUCAGGAGAAUCACAAGUACCUCAAGAGAAAAUGAAGAAUGCUACCAAGAUGUUUGAAGACAAGAAUCUUAUACAUAUUGAUAGGGGAGCCAAAUUGAUUGACUUGUCAAAGUUUAACAAGAAAUUAGGUAAAGCUUUAGUUGAGAAAUCUGACGGAACCUCGCUUUACUUGACCCGUGAUGUUGGCGAGGCCAUAAAAAGGUACGAACAAUAUCAUUUUGAUAAGAUGAUUUAUGUUAUUGCAUCUCAGCAGGAUUUACAUUGUGCACAAUUUUUUGAAAUACUAAAACAAAUGGGAUUCGAAUGGGCCAAGAACUUGGAGCAUGUCAACUUUGGUAUGGUUCAAGGAAUGUCCACUAGGAAAGGAAAUGUUGUAUUUUUGGAUAACAUUCUUCAAGAGACCAAGGAGAAGAUGCAUGAAGUUAUGAAAAAGAAUAAGGAGAAAUAUGCUCAAAUUGAGGACCCAGACAAGAUUGCUGAUUUAGUUGGUAUAUCCGCAGUAAUGAUCCAGGAUUUCCAAUCUAAGCGUAUUCUCAACUACGAGUUUAAAUGGGAUAGAAUGACUUCUUUUGAAGGUGACACUGGUCCUUAUUUGCAAUAUGCUCAUUCUCGUUUGUGUUCAGUGCAAAGAAAAUCUGACAUUAGUGAAUUAGAGUUGGAAAAUGCCAAUUUCGACUUAUUGGUCGAGCCAUGUGCAACAUCGUUGGUUAGAAUAUUGGCACAGUACCCGGAUAUUAUCAAGAGGGCUUCAAGCAAUAAUGAACCAUCAACUGUAGUUACAUACUUGUUCAGUUUAUGUCACACUGUAUCGCAGUGUUAUGAUAUAUUGUGGGUUGCUGGUCAGGAAAAGGAUGUAGCCACAGCUAGAUUGGCCUUGUAUGCCGCAACAAAACAAGUUAUUUACAACGGUAUGACCUUGUUGAACUUGACUCCUGUUGAAAGAAUGUAA